AAUUCAUAACUUGACAACUUUUUAUUUAUUUGACAGGGACAAUGCACAGCUCCUUAGCAGUACCAGAGUUAGCUAUAAGCUAAUUUUCAUCUGUAGACCCUGGGCAGAAAACGGAGAAUAACAUCUCUGUCAGAAGGGAAACCUAACACUGGAGUAUAAAAAUGCUAUCACAACAGUGAAGGACAACAAACUGAUCCAUUCAUCUUUGCAGCUCUAAUUUUCUGUAUCCGUUGUCCGUUGUGUAGAUGCAGAGGGGAGGCAACAUGCCUGUGGCCCGCAGGAAAGUGAGGGUGCUCUGUGCGACGAUGAUGCUCAACGUCGUCAUCUUUUUCCUAGUGGGCGUGUCCUGGAACCUUGGGCGGGACAAAAGUGACCGCCCUAAGGUUCGAAUCCCGUCCAAGAGGUUUUGGCGCCAACAGGUGCCGAGCAAAUAUUUCUGGAACAAGGAGCAGCAGCGCCUGGACUUGAUCUACAACCCCAUCUUCAACUCUCUGCCAAGUGACUCUCUCAUCAAGCUGCCUGAUUGGCUGAACAUCAUCAGGCCAGUCAACCCCUGCGAACCAGACUACAGAGUCCCCACGCAGAUCUCAGACUACAACACCCUGCCACACCGCUUCCAGGAUUUCUUCCUGCACAUGCGCUGCAGGACGUACCCCAUGCUGAUAAACCAGCCGCAUGUUUGUGACCAGAAACCCUUCCUGCUGCUGGCGAUCAAGUCACUGAUCCCGCACUUCGACCAGCGGCAGGCAAUCCGUGAAACGUGGGGCCGCGCCAAUCGCAUAGUGGUGACGGUGUUCCUGCUGGGCAACGCAUUGCCGGUGGACCACUUCCCCGACCUGCUGGGGAUGCUGGGCCACGAGGCAAAGCUGCACAAAGACGUCCUCCUGUGGGACUACAGGGACACCUUCUUCAACCUCACCCUGAAGGACGUCCUCUUCCUGGAGUGGUUCAGUCAAAACUGUCCCCACGCUCAGUACGUCCUCAAGGGAGACGACGAUGUCUUCGUCAACACCUUUCGAAUUAUUGAACUCCUGGGAGGCCUGUCUGACAUCAAGGCCAAGGAUCUGUUCAUAGGUGACGUUAUCAGCGACGCCGGUCCGCAACGAGACCGGAAACUCAAGUACUUUGUCCCACAGAGUGUAUUCACGGGGCAGUACCCGGCGUAUGCAGGAGGCGGAGGGUAUCUGUACUCUGGGGAGUUGGCGCUACGCCUUCGCAACGUUUCUCGGCAGGUAGCAUUGUAUCCCAUUGACGAUGUCUACACGGGGAUGUGUUUGAAAAAGCUGGGCCUGGUUCCUGAGAAUCACAGCGGCUUUAAGACGUUUGACAUUGAGGAGAAGUACAGGAACAACCCGUGCGUCUACAGGAAGCUGAUGCUGGUUCACAGCCGCACGCCACAGGACGUGUUGAAGAUCUGGCCGUGGAUUACCCAUCUGGAGCUGGACUGCCAGUGAACACAUUCGUCUUUGUUUGCACUGUUGAUUUUGAUUGUGAGGGUGAUUCAGAAUAUAGACAGGAAUGAAAAUGGAAAAUUAGGUGUGUGUAAGUGCUACUGAAGUGGAGAUUUCUGGCUCAGAGUCUGAGAACAAAACCUUUCAAGAUAUGGAUUUAAAAAAAAUAAAAUGUAAAUACAAAUAACAGAUAUCAGCGUGAACCUUCCCCAGUUGAUUACUUAUGUUUAAAGGCACACGAUGCAAGAUUUGUACCUUAAUAUAACAGCUUUGAAGUAAUUUCCAUGGUAAACAAACUCGUA